GUCGCUGUUAUGUCAUUUGGGAAACUACCGAACGAAUUGACAUUCAAAAUAAUUGGAUAUCUUGAUAUAUCCGAUAUAAUAAAUCUAACUGGAAUUUGCAAACACCUAAGGGAGAUCGCAAUAAGUGAUGCCCUAUGGAGUGAUAUUAAUCAGAGGGUUAUCGGGGAACACGUUGAUAUCAAUGCUUACGCGGAGUCUAUAAAUGCAAGUCAAUACUUUACAUAUAUUAGCUUAUUUCGUCACGCUAUCAACUUUAUUGGAAUCCACGCUGGGGAUGUCUAUCCCCAGGGACACAUACUCAAUUGGUCGAUAAACCGUACAACACCAGAAUCAGAAGGGAACUUACUAUUCAUGAGGAAUAGAUUUAACCCCAGUAAUGAAUUUGUACAAGAACUGGACAAUCUUGGUUAUAUGAUCACAAAUGAUGGCAAACUGAUAUACAGAUUAGACGAAGUGAUUGAUGCCGGGCUAAAUACCCAUAUUGAAGACCUACCCGAUCUGCUUGUGAAGUUCACGGGCAAUAUCACGAACCCUGUUGUAGCAUAUGACGUAGAAAGCGGUGAGGAGAAGGUAACGAAAUAUACCCAGGAAAGUGUCCCAAUUGACAGCCUCGACAAUAUUAAUUUGAGAACUUACCCAAGUCGUGAACUUUGUCACCUUGUUGAGCGUCGUACGCUCAAUACAAUCAACGUUCACACUUUCCAUCGACCAUAUCCAUGGCCUGAUGACGAGCCUUUGCGUACCGUAAAACUCGACACUAGUAGGUUGGAUAGAGACCCCCUCGAAGGCUUCUUCAGUGCCGAGUAUGGGAGCCAUGGUAUAGAAAUACUUGCAGCCAAGAAAAGUGUACAGGAGGGAUCAAACACUCUGGAGUUCGUAAAAGUCACGGGUGAUAACAAUGUACCAAGAGGAUUGGUUUCCAUACGCGCUAAUCUCGACCAAGAGAUAAGAGAUUCAGAGCUGCUUGAGGAUAGCGACAUCAGAGUGUCCUCAGAUGACAACCUCCCGUGGCCGUUAACUUGUCCAACCCGACCAAUUGGAAAGUCAUACAGUGCACAAGGGAAAAUAGCGAAUAGUGAACAUCAUUCUCCAAGGUCUACCCCAGUAAUAGUCCACAUCGAGAAUCCAGACGUGGUAUACGUAAGCUGGACAGAACUGAGAAAUACAAUAGUGAUAAAAAGAAUAUUCUAAUUUGUUUUGUAUUUCGCUUCCUUAAUUACAAAAUAUCAUCUUUCUAUCGUU